ACGCAGAUGGAUGGAUCUCUGUCUGUCUCAUACUCAGACACAGUACCCAGAUGCUUUUAUAAAUCCACUUUGAACUUUCAAUGAACCAGCUCUCUGUUCUGUCUUUCCGUAUGAUGUGAGAAGGAUCUUUCUUGCUGUCGUUUUUGUGCAGAUCUUAAGCUUAAUCACCUCGUAAAGAAAAGGAUCCGAUAAGCUAAUCGAGCUCUGCAUCAACAGUCAUGGAGACUGUCAUUUCCAAUCUCCUUAGCUUCACCGUUUUAUUCUUCGUCUUGUUUUCCUGCUCCACUUUCACUUCUACCGAUGCUUAUGAUGCGCUCGAUCCAACUGGCAAUAUCACUAUCAAAUGGGAUAUAAUAAGCUGGACCCCGGAUGGCUAUGUUGCUGUUGUUACAAUGUACAAUUUCCAACAGUAUCGCCAUAUUCAGGCACCCGGUUGGACAUUAGGGUGGACAUGGGCCAAAAAGGAAGUAAUCUGGAGCAUGAUGGGAGGCCAGACUACAGAGCAAGGGGAUUGUUCAAAGUACAAAGGAAAUACCCCGCAUUGCUGUAAAAAGGAUCCCACGGUUGUGGAUUUAUUGCCCGGAACUCCUUAUAACCAGCAGAUUGCAAAUUGCUGCAAAGGCGGGGUGUUAAAUUCGUGGGUUCAAGACCCCGGCAAUGCAGCAAGCUCAUUUCAGGUUAGUGUGGGCGCUGCAGGAACGACUAACAGAACUGUGAGAGUGCCUAGAAACUUUACCCUGAAAGCGCCAGGUCCGGGAUAUACUUGUGGGCCUGCAAAGGUUGGGAAACCGACUAAAUUCAUAACAGCCGAUAAAAGGAGAAUAACACAAGCUAUGAUGACAUGGAAUGUCACAUGCACAUAUUCGCAAUUCCUGGCACAGAAGACACCUACGUGUUGCGUCUCGCUCUCUUCCUUCUAUAACAACACCAUUGUUGGUUGCCCGACAUGCGCUUGCGGCUGUAAUAACGCAACCGACUCUGGGAGUUGUGUAAAUGAAAAGUCUUCACAUUUAGCUUCAGCUGUUUCGGGACCAGGCAAAUCUACCAUUGCACCCAUGCUUCAGUGUACAAGCCAUAUGUGUCCGGUUCGAAUCCACUGGCAUGUUAAGCUCAACUACAAGGAAUACUGGCGUGUGAAGAUCACAAUCACCAAUUUCAAUUAUGCAAUGAAUUACUCGCAGUGGAAUAUUGUUGCGCAACAUCCCAACUUCGACAAUCUUACUCAACUUUUCAGCUUCAAUUACAAACCAUUAACUCCAUAUGCCGGCUUAAAUGAUACAGCCAUGUUAUGGGGACUUAAGUUCUAUAAUGAUUUCCUCAAAGAAGCUGGUCCUCUUGGGAACGUGCAAUCAGAACUAUUAUUCCGAAAAGAUGCAUCGACUUUCACUUUCGAAAAGGGAUGGGCUUUUCCACGGAGGAUUUAUUUCAACGGCGAUAACUGUGUCAUGCCACCUCCUGACGCCUACCCCUGGUUGCCAAAUACCGGUUUCAGGCCAGUUAUCUCUCUACUACAGCCAAUCAUGACAAUCUUGGCAUCAUGUGUCUUCAUAUGGGCUUAUAUGUGAUGAAUACCGUCUGUGAGACCACUAAAACUAUCCGUUCGACGAUUGACGUCCAGUUUGCAUCUGAUUUUGUAUUAUCACACUGAAGCUUUUAACAAUCAAGUUGAUGGGGUUCUUUCUCUGGUCCGAAUGACCAUUUGGUGUAUUAUUUAUGUAUCAGGGUUGUAAUUUGCACCAUUUCUUUGUAGUGUCAACUGCUUUUGUUGCACGUUUUAUUCACAUGAUACACAGGAUCGAUUUGUUUGUAGAAUAUCCA